CGCGUUACUUACUGUCGGUGACUUCGUGAAACCCGUUACAUGGGGAAGUUUGGACGAAGGCUCAAGUUAAAGCACGCUGCAGCCAUCAGACUUUAAACGGUCUAUGUUUUCACGUGUUUUACGUUUAGUGCCUUCAUUCGGUUAGUUGUCCUGAGCAAGACGUCAAAUAAAAAGAAGAACUAAAGCACUGACUGUUGGUGACCAGAGAUAAUUCUAACCAUAGAGGAUGAGUGAAGGCACUGAGCCAGGAACAAGUGCAAGUGAAGGCGAGGAGAUGCCUCAGCCCUUCUCUGUCACCAUCGGAGCUACAGUUCCCACAGGGUUUGAGCACACAGCCGCAGAGGAGGUGCAUGAAAAGAUAGGAGCAGUUGCCAGAGUUAGCAAAGACCGAGGCAGGAUAUAUUUUGAAAUGACAACGGAUAACCUUCCCAAGGUGCAUCAUCUAAAGUCAGUAGACAAUCUGUUUGUCGUGGUUGAAUAUUAUGAGAAUUAUCAGUUUAAAGACUCCAAGGAAGAGGCAUUAUUAGACCUCCAGCAGCUUGCACCUACAUUACCCUGGACCAAUGCUUUGGAGGUAUGGAAGAUGAACAACUCUGUCAAGAAGAAGAGAAGUCGGAGAAGAGGAGCUGCCACCUCCAAACCAAAACCAAGCAUUGAUGCAUCAGAGCCUGAGAAGCUGCAGGUUGAGCCUGAAGCUUCGCAGGAAAAAGAGGAGCAAGAAGAUGCUUGUGCUGAGCAGGAGACGAACCCUCAGAGAGAGCAGGAUUCUGAGAUGCAGGAGCAGGCUGAGAAUAAACCUCUGAAGUUCCGUGUGACAUGCAACAGAGCUGGAGACAAACACAGUUUCACCUCUAAUGAUGCAGCGCGAGACUUCGGUGGUGCUGUGCAAGAGUUCUUUCAGUGGAAGGCAGACAUGACCAAGUUUGAUGUGGAAGUGCUGUUGAAUAUCCACAACAAUGAAGUGGUGAUUGGCAUUGCCCUUACAGAGGAGAGCCUACACCGAAGAAACAUUACUCACUUUGGCCCCACCACUCUACGCUCCACCUUGGCUUAUGGCAUGCUUAGACUUUGCAAGCCACAGGUAUCAGAUGUGAUAAUAGACCCCAUGUGUGGCACUGGAGCCAUACCUUUAGAGGGAGUCAUAGAGUGGCCUCAUUCAUUCUUUCUUUCGGGAGACAACCAUGACAUGGCUGUCAGUCGAACAGUUAAUAACAUCAACCAUAUUGUGAAGAGAAGACAAGAUGGAGGCAGCACUUCUCCAGGUUUGCCUAUAGACACUGCACAGUGGGACUUGUGCCAUCUACCCAUGAGGACAAGCUCUGUGGACAUCAUUACCACUGACAUGCCUUUUGGAAAGAGAAUGGGUUCCAAGAAGAAGAACUGGGAUUUGUACCCCUCUUGCCUUCGGGAAAUGGCACGCGUCUGCAGGCCAGGGACAGGAAGGGCUGUACUGCUAACUCAGGACAAAAAAUGUUUUCAAAAGGCUCUUCUACGGAUGAGUGGGCUGUGGAGGAAAUCGCACACUGUUUGGGUGAACGUAGGCGGGUUGCAUGCUGGAGUGUUCGUGCUCCGGCGCACAGGGGCGAUUUUUGGCACCACUCCCGAGGAUGUAAGAGAGCCUCCAAGGGCGCCUGAGUCACAAGAGGAGGACACGCAGGAUAAAGUUUAAUAGAGAAGGUUAAUAUAAACCUAUGUAAAUGUUUAAAUACAGCAAUUCAAGGCCUACAAGCUGUUGGAAAUGUAUGCAAAUCAUAGCCUGUGAAAAAAAUGCUUUUUCCAACAGUUCCGUUGUAUUGUUCGCUGUUUUGUUUCUCCUAGGAUAAUGUAUUUCUUUCAAAUAUCUGGCUAAACAGAAGAUUUUGCAAAAGUACAAGUAUUAGUUUGUUAAAUAUUGAUCUACAGAACUAAAGCUUCACGUUGCUCUGAAACUGAAGUGCCAUCCUCCAUAUCUUCAAUAAAUGUUCAUUCAGUUCUCUUCAGUGGGUUAGAA